AUGGGGCUGCAGCCAAGCAUUUUUCUCCUGGGGCUGCUGCUGCUGCUUCUAGGGCAAGGGACCACCCAGUCCCUCAGUGCUCCUGAAAGGAACACAUUGGAAGAGCAGCUAUGGCCAGAGUUGCAGUCCUUGAGGAAUUUUCCAUUUCCAUGCAAGCCAGAGAAGCCAGGAUCCAAAGCCCCUUCUAAGUCAGUUCAUUCUCUGAGGCCUUCUGAUAUUAAAGUUGUGGCAGCCAUUGGGAAUCUGGAAACUCCUCCAGACCCUGGGAUGGUCGACCUGAAGAAGCAAACAUGGUCUGAAGAAAAGCCGCAGCAGGCGUGCAUGCUAGUGACAGCCCUUUCAGAUGUCAUCAGACAUUUCAAUCCCUCGGUUCUGAGGCCCAUGUGUCCUCCUGGGAAGAGUGUUGUGCCCCAUGACGAUGCUGAAGACUUGUGGAUUCAGGCCAGAGAACUGGUGAGAAGCAUGAAAAAGAACCUGCAACUCAACUUUCAGAAUGACUGGAAGCUCAUCAAUGUGUUUUUCAGCAACAUGAGCCAGUGCCACCUGUGUCCCUCCACCCAACAGAAAAGCCAUGUGAUGGACAGCAUGAACAAGCUGACUCGAAUGCUGGACUACCUGCACCAAGAGGUCCCCAAUGCAUUUGUGAACCUGGUGGAUCUCUCUGAAGCUAUGGGAGUUUCUCACUGGCAUCAGGGCACUAGGCUCAGCCCCCCCGUAGAAUCCUGCAGAUGCAUAAUGGAGACUUCAAAGUUGUCCAGGGUUGUAAGGCAGUGGUUGUAUCAGGAAACUUGGGAGAAGCUCCUGGCCUCUAGCAAGUAUAAUGAUCAGAAGUCCUUCUCAGUUGUUUUCCAGCCUCUCUUCUCUGAGACAGCCCUAUCACCCCUCUCGGAGGACCCAACACUCCAGGAUCCCACCACACUUGCCCUGAACCUCUGGAAUAACAUGAUGAAGCCAGCAGGAAAGAAGGAUGAGCCAAUCAGUGCAAAAGAGAGGAGGCUAAUGAAAUGUCCCACUCAGGAGAAGCCCUAUCUAUUCACCUACAGGAACAGUAACUACCUGCUCAGCUCAUCACAACUUCAUAAGAUGGCUGAGGUGAGAGAAGGAGCACAAGUCAGCUGUCCUGACAAGGAUCCCUCCAACCUGAUUCCAACCUCAGUUCAUAGGCUGAAGCCUGCUGACAUCAAGGUGAUUGGAGCCCUGGGCGACUCUCUCACAGCAGGUAACGGAGCUGGAUCCAAGCCUGGGAACAUCUUGGAUGUCUUGACCCAGUAUCGAGGCCUGUCCUGGAGUGUCGGCGGAGAUCAGAACAUAAGCACAGUCACCACUCUGGCAAACAUCCUCCGGGAAUUCAACCCUUCCCUAAAGGGCUAUUCUACUGGCACUGGGAAAGAAAACCGUCCAGGAGCCUUCUUCAACCAGGCGGUGGCAGGAGACCGAGCUGAGGAUUUACCUGUCCAGGCCAGAAGGCUGGUGGACCUGAUGAAGAAUGACACAAGGAUAAAUUUUCAGGAUGACUGGAAGAUAAUAACCAUAUUUAUAGGAGGCAAUGACCUCUGUGAUUUCUGCAAUGACCCGGUUCGCUUUUCUCCCCAGAACUUCACCGGCAACAUUGCGAAGGCUCUGGACAUCCUCCACGCUGAGGUUCCUCGGACUUUUGUGAACCUGGUGCUGGUGCUGGAGAUCAUUGGCCUGAGGGAGCUAUACCAGGAGGAGAAAGUCAGCUGUCCAAGACUGAUCCUCAAGUCUCUGUGUCCCUGUGUCCUGAAGUUUGAUGAUAACUCCACAGAACUUGCCAGCCUCGUCGAAGUGAAUAAAAAGUAUCAGGAGGGGACCUACCAGCUGAUUGAGAGUGAGCGAUAUGACACGAGGGAAGACUUUACAGUGGUUGUGCAACCGUUCUUUCAAAAAGUGAACAUGCCAAAGACCCCGGAGGGGUUGCCAGACAGCUCUUUCUUUGCUCCUGACUGCUUCCACUUCAGCAGCAAGGCUCACGCCCGUGCAGCCAGCGCCCUGUGGCGAAACAUGUUGCAACCCGUCGACCAGAAGACAGCACAGCACAAUUUUGAAAACAAGAUCGAUGUUACAUGUCCAGACCAGGUCUCUCCGUUUCUGGGCACAUACAAGAACAAUGUACAGGAUCAUGGGAGCUGGCUGCUGUGUAGGAAUAGAACUCCUUCUGUCUCACCCCCCACCUCAGUGCAUGCCCUGAGACCCGCAGAUAUUCAAGUUGUGGCUGCUCUGGGGGAUUCUCUGACAGCUGGCAAGGGAAUUGGCUCCAAACCAGAUGACCUUCCCGAUGUCACCACACAGUAUCGGGGACUCUCAUACAGUUCAGGAGGGGAUGGCUACCUGAAGAAUGUGACCACAUUACCUAAUAUCCUUCGGAAAUUUAACAGAAACCUCACAGGCUAUGCAGUGGGCACGGGUGAAGCCGAUGACACAAAUGCAUUCCUCAAUCAGGCUGUUCCUGGAGCAAAGGCUGAGGAACUUGUGCACCAAGUCCAUACUCUGGUACAGAGGAUGAAAGAGGACCAUAGAGUAAAUUUUCACGAAGACUGGAAGGUCAUCACUGUGAUGAUUGGUGGCAGUGAUCUCUGUGACUACUGCACGGAUUCGAGUCUGUAUUCUUCAGCCAACUUUUUUGACCAUCUCUGCAAUGCUUUGGACAUCUUGCAUAGAGAGGUACCCAGAGCCCUGGUCAACCUCGUGGACUUCAUGAGCCCCAGUGUCAUGCGGCAGGUGUUCCUGGGAAAUCCAGACAAGUGCCCAGUGCAGCAUGCCAGUGUUCUGUGUAACUGUGUUCUGAGCCCACGUGAGAGCUCCCAAGAGCUGGCCAGGUUGGAGGUCAUCACCCAAGCUUACCAGGACAGCAUGCGCGAGCUGGUGGAGUCGGGCCGUUAUGACUCACGGGAGGACUUCUCUGUGGUUCUUCAGCCCUUCUUCCACAACAUUAAGCUCCCAGUCCUGAAGGAUGGCCGCCUGGAUACAUCCUUCUUUGCCCCAGAUUGCAUCCAUCCGAGUCAGAAAUUCCACUCCCAGCUCUCCAGGGCCCUUUGGGUCAAUAUGCUUCAACCGCUAGGAAGAAAAACGAAUACCCUGGACCUGACAGCAGCUAUCUCUCUCUCCUGCCCUACUCAGAAUGAGCCCUUCCUGAGAACCUACCGGAACAGCAACUACACAUAUCCCACCAAGCCAGCCAUUGAGAACUGGGGCAGUGAAUUCCUGUGUACGGAAUGGAAUCCUUCUAACAGUGUUCCCACCUCGGUUCACAAGCUCCAACCAGCAGACAUCAAAGUGGUGGCCGCCCUGGGCGACUCGCUGACUACAGCAGUGGGAGCCCGACCAAGCAACUCUAGUGACCAACUCAUGUCCUGGAGGGGACUCUCCUGGAGCAUUGGAGGGGAUGGGGUGUUGAAGACCCACACCACACUGCCCAACAUUCUGAAGAUGUUCAACCCUCACAUCCUUGGGUUCUCUACUGGUACCCAGGAGGAGACAGCAGGGCUGAAUGUAGCAGCAGACGGGGCCAGAGCUCGGGAUAUGCCAGCCCAGGCUCGGGACCUGGUGGAGCGAAUGAAGAAGAGCCCAGAAAUCAACCUGGAGAAAGACUGGAAGUUGAUCACACUCUUCAUUGGGGGCAACGACUUGUGUCAUUACUGUGAGAAUCCGGAGGCCCAUUCAGCCCAAGAGUACAUUCAGCACCUCCAACAAACCCUGGACAUCCUCCAUGAAAAGCUUCCAAGGGCUUUCAUCAAUGUGGUGGAGGUCAUGGAGCUGGCUGACCUGUAUCAGAGCCAAGGAGGGAAAUGUGUCAUGCCUCUGACAGCUCAGGGUAACUGCACUUGCCUCAGAGGUUCCCAGAAGAACUCCUCAGAGAUGCAAAAACUGAAGCAACUGAACUGGAACUUCCAGAGCAGUGUCUCCAAGUUCUCCUACCAGCAUCGCUACAUGCAACGGGAAGACUUUGCAGUUGUUGUGCAGCCCUUCUUCCGCAACACUCUUGUCCCACUGAAUGCUAGAGGGGAUGCUGACCUCACCUUUUUCUCAGAGGACUGUUCCCACCUCUCAGAACGUGGUCAUGCUGAGAUGGCCAUCGCACUCUGGAAUAACAUGCUGGAACCAGUGGGCCAUAAGACAACCUCCAACAACUUCACCUACAGCCGAACCAAACUCAAGUGCCCCUCUCCUGAUCAUCCCUACUUCUACACCCUGAGGAAUAGUCAGUUACUUCCAGACCAGGCUAACGAACCCUCCAACAUGCUAAACUGGGCUGUGCCAGUGGCAGCAGCACUUGGUCUUGUGGUUGGAGUCGGCAUAGUGAUGGCAUGGAGAGCCAUAAGAGGUUGCUAG